UAUAUUGCUCAGGAACGGUCACUCUAGAGAGCCGGCGUAAACAAAGCGAUACAAUUUGGUUAAAUUAAUUAAAUUAGCUAAAAAUAUGAAACAAAAGGAUCUGAAACGCGCUUACAACAAUGUCCUAGCACAGGCUAUAUCCGGCUCUAAACAGUACCUAUUUGCGGGAAAUCUCUUUGGCGACAUUUUCGUACUUAGAAUAAAAGAACUGGACAAGGGUUCCGAGGAGCCACCUGGCAAACUGAAGAUCUUCCCGCAGGGCAGCGAUGUGGACAUCAAUUACCUGGCCUUCCAUCGCGAUUUCUUGAUAGUUGGUGCAGUGGGUCUUAUUUACGGAUUGGAAUGGAACGAGGAGGAGGAAUCUCUGGCCACCAAACGGUCCUGGGAGGUAAAGAUACCCAUGCAAGUGGAUGCCGUCGAAGUGCCGGAUGUGAACUCCAUGUGGCUGGACUCGGAAAAUAGCAUCCUGUUUGCUGGCUGUGGCGACGGAGUGAUCUACCAAGUGAGUUUGGAGGACGGACGAAUUCAGCGCGAGUACCGCGGACACACAGACUACGUGCACAGUGUGGUGGGCAAUGCCAACGGACAGAUCUUCUCUGGCGCCGAGGAUGGCACUGUGCGAGUGUGGAGCACCAAGCAGCAGCAGCACACUUCAAUGCUGGAGCCUUACAAGAACCCAAAUCUGUUACGUCCGGAUUGGGGCAAAUGGAUAGGAGCAGUGGCUGUCAACGAGGAUUGGCUGCUCUGCGGUGGUGGACCCAAAGCUUCAAUUUUCCACCUGCGUUCCAUGGAAAGCACAUGUGUCUUUAGCUUCCCCGGACGCGUGCAUCUAUGUGACUUUGUGGACGAUUGUGUCUUAAUCGGUGGAGAGCACAAUCAUGUGCAAUCCUACACUCUAAAUGGAGUACUGCAAGCCAAUAUUCCCGUGGAGCACACUGCCUGCUACUCUGCUGUUUGGCAAACAUCGCCCAUUAAAUUCAUUUCCAUUGCUGGUUUCAGCAACAAGUUGCAUAUCCUCAAGGAUUUUCGCUUCCUCGACAGCAAGAUUGAGAUGUAUGGGAAUGUGGAGGGCGAGGAAAACGACCCAGAAGAAGAAGACGAACUUAUUGAAAAACCUCUGACAGUUGAGGCGGCAUAAAGGGAAACCGAGCAUAUUCCUCGUUUUUACAAGCGUUUCGUGAAAUACGCAGCACUUGAUAUUCCUUGCUGUUCACAUUAUUUUGGAAAUUACAUUCUCCAAAUGUUAAUGUUCCCUUAUCGUUGAGUGCGAAAUCCUCCAGCAUACCUAUAAACUUUUUUGAAAUAACUUCUUCAUCCGGACGAAUGCCGGUACGGUAUGCAGCUGUAUUGAAAAUCAAGAAAAAGUCAUCUCCGUGGACAGUACCUUUAAUAAUAAGAAAGCUAGAGCUUUAAGUAUUUGAAACGCAAGUAUGUACCCACCAAAAUGUACAUCUGUUCGAUUGGAAAGCAAUUGACCCACUCCGGAAUCGGUAGGAUUAUCGUAGACAAAAGAAUAAACCGGACUUUUGCCAUACUUUCGGUGAAGAUCUAUUGCACUUGGCACGCUAUUCUUGAAAAGAACAUCAGUAAACAUUCGCUGCACGUUCCAAUAACUUUCCACACUGAAUCGCCGAUCUGCUAGAUACUGCUGCCUGAGAUCAAAUGAAAGAUCAUCCAUAUCUUUGAUGGUUUUCUUGGCGUCCCGAUAGAAGAGCAAGUAUGGUGCCCAAUCAAACCAUCGAUCAUUGAGUAGGUCAAUCCAACUCUCGCCAGUUAAUUUGUUUCUUUCCAACAGCUGAGCAGCGUUGUAUCCCCCGUCCUCAGUGGUGUACGUCACAGCCCAAGGGACUUGGGCAAACUUCCCGCUCUUAAUCACUGCUCUUGGGUCCUCGGUUAGAAAGGCGUCUGGUGCAUCUGACGGCUCCACAACAGGUCCAAAAGCACUGAAGGGUACAUAGGAAAACACAAGGAAGCUUCGGACAGCAGAGACUAUAUCGCUAGCCGGCUUAGACUUCAAGCAGUCCUUGAGUUCUGCGGAGACAUUUGUGUGUCCACAACCGACAAUACGACCCAGUUCAAAUGCACGUCGUCGUCCACCCUGCUGUAUGACCCAAGGAUCCAAUGCAUUGCCGCUCACCGAAAUCGCUCCUUUGGCCAAAUGUUUGAAAUCCUCGUGCAACAGCUGCAAAUGAGCCGAAGCACCGCCUGCAGAGUGACCAAUGAGCACAAUAUUAUCUGGCAUUCCACCAAAGUGAGCAAUGUUCUUCUUGAUCCAUUGUAGGGCCAGACGUUGAUCCUUUAGACCAUAGUUUCCCGGCAAGUGUCUAUCGCCGGUACUUGCAAAACCCAAUGGUCCAAGACCAAAACUUAUUUUUACCACAAGCAAAGUUCCCUCACGCAUAAUGGAGUCGUGUCCAUAUAUGGAUCCACUACCGAACAUGAAAGCACCUCCAUGCAGGAGUACUACGACAGGAAAGCUGCUCCGAUUGGGUUUCUUUGGCUUAUAGAUGCUUACCGUUAAGCAAUCCUCAUCACCCAUCAGCUUAUUGUUUUCGUUUAUAAACUGAUUCCACUGCAUGCACUCAACUGGAGACUGCGUGGCAUUGAAAACAUCAGUCCAAUGAUGACUAUACGGCUGAGGUGCUUCAAAACGGAGGGCACCAGUUGGAUGCUCGGCAUUGGGAAUCGAUUCGUAGCUGUAGUACAACCCAUUAUCUUUGCCACGGAUUUUUCCAUUUGUUAUCUCAACAAUCAAGGGAUCAGCUUCAGAUUCUAAAGCUGCUAUCCACAGCAAAGUCAGGCACAACAGCCGUUUGAAUAUACUCAUGAUCUGGAACUCCACAAAGUACUAAUCAAACUGCGGGUAAAC